AGGAGAUAAGUUCGUUAUCUGGUAGUCAAGAGGGUUGCAUUAAAUGUAGGUAGGAUAAAUGACAGAUGCCUUGAACUGGGUCAAUCAAUACCCAUACGAUGAUGGAGAGGCUCUCGCAUGGGAAAGAUUGUAAGAGUCGUGCGCGUUGAUACUGACAAAAAGCAGCUUUUUUCUUUGGGAAAAAAAGCUCGCAAAAAAUUCUUCGAAAACAUGUCAAUUGACGAUUUGACAGUUGUUGCAAUUCAAGAAAAUCGCUUUUCUGAUGUAAUCAAUCAUUUGAGGCACAACUUUUUUGCCGACGAGCCACUCAACAAAGCUGUUGGCCUCUGUCAACCUGGAGACAGUCAUUAUGAACUUGAGCAGCACUGUCUACAGACAUUGAAGCAAGGAUAUUCAAGGAUGAUGAUUGACAAUAAAGGAACGAUAGCUGGCACAGUUUUGAAUGGAAUUGUUCAAAGAGGCGAGCGUGAAGAGGCCGAGAGACGACUCGCCGAAAUGAGUGAUAAAAAUUUCCAGACAAUUUUCGGUCUCCUUUAUAAAGUCAACGAAAAAAUUGAUCUCUUCACCAAAUAUAAUGUGGACGAUCUUUUCGAAUGUCGUAUUCUAAGUGUUGACGAUCGCUUUCGAGGAAGAGGAUUAGCCAAUGCUCUCGUUCAGGAGAGUCUGGAAAAUGCCAAAAACGCCGGCUUCAAGCAUGCUCUUCAAAUAAAAUAUGCAUGGGAUUUUCGUUAUGCCAAGGUGUUGUUACAAUGUUGUUCCAUAUUCAUCAUCGUCAUGAAAAAUCUGAUUAUUCAAGGGAAGAGUCUCCUUUCAGAUUUUCAAGGCAGACGCAACAGGAUUAUUUUCCCAGAAAGUCUUUCUCAAAUAUGGAUUCAAGACGGAGGCUGAAAUUCCAUAUUCGGAUAUUGAUGUUUCAAUUCGACCGGGACCACCGCAUCAGGCCCUCAAACUUAUGGUCAAAAUUCUAGAGUGAAGUGGUGGGAGAAUUUAUUCAACACAAACGCAGAAAGUAUUUGCAGUUAUAUUCGUAAACGAAAGUAGAACUGAAUUUUUCUUUUUCUUUUCGUCAUAAAGCGCCUGACAAUAACAGCUCUCUAAAAAAAAAAACAAACACAAAAAUUAUAAAGUUUAUAAAAACGAACGAGCUGAAAUGUCUAUUUUUUGCAAAUAAGUUCACAAAGGACAAAGGUAUUUUUUUGGAAAGUUUGAAAUUAUAGUGUAUCUGAAAAAUUGAGUAAAAAACAUUAGGGACAAAUUGUAAACAAAUUGUAAACAAUUGCCAGCAAAUUCCAGCGAGUCGUCCAAUUUUUCAAGAUUUUUAUCUUCAUCAUUUAAUUUUGCGUCGUAGAAAUUAAGCCUAAUGUAAGUUACGUAAACGUCUAUAUUUAAUUCCGUAUAUAUAAAAAUUAUCCAGAUUUAUCUGAAAAAAAAUUGACUGCCCAUUGUCCUCGUGUUCAUAAGAAUUAAAAAAAAAAUAAAUAAGUGCACUGGUUGCCAUAUUCAAUAAACCUUGAAAUUCAGGGUUAAAUUAAAUUUGCCUUUUCGGAGCGGGCGUUCGAUAAAAAGUUAAUUUGAUUUAUCCAGGAAAUGAAAGAAAUUGUCCAGAGCUCAAUCAACUGAUAAAAUUAAAAAUCUAAUAAAAUCAAAAAAGACUAUUAAUUGUAUUCCCACCGGAAUACAAUUUAUUAUUUAUUUAUAUAGUGAUUUCACCACCGUUUAUAAAAAGGCAAUUUUCGUUAACAAAAAUCGCCCGUCCUGAAAAGAUAAAAAAAUAAUUGUAGAUUAUAUAGUUAAAUGUCAAAAUAAAACCAAAACGAAAGCGUGCGCAUCGUCGAACAUCGUUCGAUGGAAACGGUACCUGGAAGACGAUAAUUGUCGUCGAGUAACUUUCCAGCUCUCAACGACCAAAUUUAAGCCAAAAAAAAAAAAAAAAAAAAAUGGUUCUUUGCGUCAAUGAGCAGCAAUAUUUGUGCCAUACUUUCCAUGUUGCGAUAUUCUUGUAGAUGUAUAAUUCAGCGCACAGUUGUACAAAAACGAUUUCCACAUGACGGGUCCACUUGUAUACAAGUAUUAAAAAGUAUUAUACGAAAUAUCUAAAUAAUAUUUUUGUUGCUGUCUCGCAUUAUAGACAGAUAAUAGAUAAUGCACCUUAUUUUGUAAGGAUGUCGUCAAAAUAAAUAUUCAAAGUUUAUUACAAUGAUAUAAUAUAUGACAAACGUGACUCUUCCUUAAAGUAAAGAAAAAAAAAAUUUACUCUCGAAUUAAAAAUCAAAUUUAUUA